AUGUACCGACAAAUAGGGGAAGAGUCCUCUUACGAGGAGGUUUCACUUGGAGGCUACCGCGGCUCUUUACAAUCCACAUCAUUUCCCUCCCAUGAUGACCGAAGCUCUGAGAUAUUCGCUCAGGGCUUGCUUUUGCCGGAAUACGCUCCUAGGAUACGGGACCAAUAUGCCAACUAUUUGGUCCCACUCGAUAGCACGCUAUCAUCGGGCAUCAGCGAGGAUGUAAUUCAGCCAAUCAAGGCUGAAUGGCAGAGUAUUCAAGCAGACGGAACUUCCUGCCCUGACGGAGAGCACCAGAUAUCCCAGCAUAUGGGAAGGGAAGCGCCGAUCGCCCGAUUACCAGAAAAAGCUGAAAUCUCCCCCCCCGGGUUAAGUUUCGCGCACACCGGGAAGGCGAAGCCUAGAGAGAAGGACAGUGCCAUUGCCACUGCGACUGCGGUGAAUAGACGGCACGUCGCAAUGGCAUGUGUAUACGAUCCCAACUAUCGCCGGUUACGAUUCUCUACCGUCCGGCUCUCGAAGGGCGUCUCAGGCGAGAAAGCGAGCAUGGUCCCCGUUUCCAGAUCCUAG